AUGUCUUGGAGAAAGCCCGGCUGGCAGCAGAGGACUGGGGUAGCUGGGAUGAAGCUGGCUGGUCAGCUGACCCUGCUGCCAACGCGGGCUCAGACGAGGGCAUUCCCUUGCCGGGCUUCUUCAGGAAGAGGAGGGCGCACGCAGAGCCCCCGAAGGCCAUCAAGGAGUUCAUCGCGCUGCACCAGCUGGGGAACUUGA